AUGGCGAAGAAACUGUUGACUGCAGAGGAAGCUGAAGCAAAACGACUCAAGCGCAACGAGCAGUGCAAACAAUACCACAUUAAGAAUCGCGAGCGCCGGCUCGCGUACAAGCGAGAGAACCACGCCAAGAACAAGGCCCACCGACUGCAAAAGAUGAAGGAAUGGCGCGAAAAAAACAAAGAGCGACGAAAUGUGUACUUCAAAGCGUGGUGGCGGAAGAAUCGAGGUAGCAAAGACGACGACGACAGCCUCCUCGAGCCUAUGUUUGACGUCUUUAGUGACGACAGCUCCAACACCAGCUGCAGAAGCACAAACUCACUCCUUCUCCUCAGUGAAGUCGCGCUGAUAUGCAUGGGCCAUGCAUAUGCAAAUGUGAAAGUCGAGCCUGUAUCAAACCGUGCGAUGUACUACAUGAGCUUCAACCUUGUCAACAUGGUUAUUCAAACCAACGAAGCAUAG